AUGACGGCAAAGACCCAAGAACCAGUCAUCACGAAGACCUCAGACCUCCCUAUCGAGGAGGCUAAAUGGGUCACUCUUAAGAAGAUCGAAUACGUAGAUCAGAUCGGCAAAACACGUACGUGGGAGGUCGCCACACGGAAGACCAGAGGCAAGGCCGGCGUUGACGCCGUGGCUAUGGGCAAUAUCCUCCUGCACCCUACCCGUCCGCCGUCGACCAUGCUUGUCAUCCAGUAUCGGCCACCACUGGACGCGUACACGGUAGAGUGGCCGGCCGGGCUGAUUGAUGCCGAAGAGACGGCUGAACAGGCUGCGGUGCGCGAAUUCAAAGAGGAGACGGGCUACGACUGCCGUGUGAUGAGCGUGAGUCCGCCGCAAGCGGCGGACCCGGGUCUCAGCAAUGCCAACAUGCAGCUGGUGAUGGUCGAAGCUCAGUUGGGCGAGGAGGAGGAGAUGCCUGAGCAGCGUCUGGAUGAUGGAGAGCGCAUCGAGCGCGUGAUUGUGCCGCUCGCCGAGUUCUAUGACCGCUUAGUAGAGUAUUCGAAGCAGGACCGCAUGAUUGUGGCGGCUAAGCUGUUCCACUUUGCAGCUGGAAUGAACUUUGCUAAAGCGCAAAAGUAUCCCGACUAA